AUGGAGCCGACCAUGGAGCCCGUGCACGCAGCGGCGGACCCGUUCAGCGGACCCGUCCGGAACAUCGCGCCCUGGACCUUCACGGUGCUGGCGGUUCUGAUGUUCGUGGUGACGUCCCUGUCCCUCACGGAGAACUUCCUGGUCGUGUUCGUCACCUUCAGGUUCAAGCAGCUCCGGCAGCCCCUCAACUACGUCAUCGUGAACCUGGCCCUGGCGGACUUCCUGGUGUCCCUGUCCGGGGGGGUCAUCAGCUUCCUGACCAACGCCCGCGGGUUCUUCUUCCUGGGCCGCUGGGCGUGCGUGCUGGAGGGCUUUGCCGUCACCUUCUUCG